GCCUCCCGUCGCCUCCGGAGGGCUCGUCCGUCCGCGAUGGCUGCCGGUGGCGACGUCGGCGGGCCCGACGGCUACCGCUCCCCGCUCUCCUCCCGCUAUGCCAGCCCGGAGAUGUGCUUCGUGUUCAGCGACAGGUACAAGUUCCGGACGUGGCGGCAGCUGUGGCUGUGGCUGGCGGAGGCCGAGCAGACACUGGGUUUGCCGAUCACCGAUGAGCAAAUCCAGGAGAUGAGGUCAAACCUGGACAACAUUGACUUCAAGAUGGCAGCUGAAGAAGAGAAGCAGUUGCGGCACGAUGUGAUGGCUCACGUGCACACCUUUGGCCACUGCUGUCCGAAAGCUGCAGGCAUUAUUCAUCUUGGUGCUACCUCCUGUUAUGUUGGAGACAAUACAGACCUGAUUAUUCUUAGAAAUGCGUUUGACCUGCUUUUGCCCAAGCUUGCCAGAGUGAUCUCUCGGCUCGCCGACUUUGCCAAAGAGCGUGCAGAUCUACCUACCCUAGGCUUCACACACUACCAGCCUGCUCAGCUGACCACCGUUGGGAAACGUUGCUGUCUUUGGAUUCAGGAUCUCUGCAUGGAUCUCCAGAGCUUACAGAGGGUCCGCAGUGACCUGCGCUUCCGGGGAGUGAAGGGCACCACGGGCACACAGGCCAGCUUCCUGCAGCUCUUCGAGGGAGAUCACCAGAAGGUAGAACAGCUGGACAAGAUAGUGACCGAAAAAGCAGGAUUCAAGAGGGCUUUCAUCAUCUCAGGGCAGACCUAUACACGAAAGGUGGACAUCGAGGUGCUGUCUGUGCUGGCUAGCUUGGGGGCGUCCGUGCACAAGAUUUGCACAGACAUACGCCUCCUGGCGAACCUCAAGGAGAUGGAGGAACCCUUUGAAAAGCAGCAGAUUGGCUCAAGUGCAAUGCCAUACAAGCGGAACCCCAUGCGUUCAGAACGCUGCUGCAGCCUUGCCCGCCACCUGAUGACGCUGGUCCUGGACCCGCUGCAGACUGCUUCCGUGCAGUGGUUUGAACGCACGCUGGAUGACAGUGCUAACCGACGGAUCUGUUUGGCCGAAGCCUUUCUCACCGCAGACACCAUAUUGAAUACACUGCAGAACAUUUCAGAAGGAUUGGUGGUCUACCCCAAAGUAAUUGAGAGGCGCAUUCGGCAAGAGCUGCCAUUCAUGGCCACAGAAAACAUCAUCAUGGCAAUGGUGAAGGCUGGGGGCAGCCGGCAGGAUUGUCAUGAGAGAAUACGAGUGCUUUCCCAGCAGGCAGCAGCCGUGGUCAAGCAGGAAGGAGGUGACAAUGACCUCCUAGAGCGGAUCCGGGCCGACGCCUACUUCAGCCCCAUCCACUCCCAGUUGGAGCGUUUGCUGGAUCCCUCUUCCUUCACUGGCCGGGCACCUCAGCAGGUGCAGAGAUUCUUGGAAGAGGAGGUGUAUCCCCUGCUAAGACCAUAUGAAAGUGUGAUGAAGGUGAAAGCAGAACUAUGUCUGUAAUGCUGGGAAAGAAUUAAAUGAAAUAUUAAUGAUA